GUAACUGCAAAGCAACAAGCAUGGCUAAAACGGGGGUUUGUGAAAUAUGGUUUCCUUCGCACUCAAACAUUUCCAAAUUUGCUGCAGAAGGAUAUUAGGUGUGAACGGACUUCAAGGUAAAAGUCGUACAGUAGUGUUGCUUACAUCUUUUUUUUAAAAUGAUACGGUGCAUAUGUGUAUGGGUCUAAAAAAUUUGCCUUAAUAUUAAUUGGAAACUUUUCCAGUUGCUAGUGUUUUAAGCUUCUCAUCCUUAUUUUUGAACAUAUUAGAGCAAUUCUGGCGUUUUAAUGAAAUAUCGUGAAUUAUUCAAACUUCUGAAAGUAGAAAUUCGUGAAGUUUGGAAAAACUUAGUUCUUUUUUCGAAGCUUAUAAAUUUUGGAAGCAAAACAGGACCGUUUGCAAAUUUUUGGACGCGAGAGAUUGUAAAUUUCCAAACAAUGGAGACAAAUUUAAGUUUUUGAAAAUUAUUAAAAAAAUAUUUUUUCCUAUAUAGCUCUUGGAGAAUUUUUUCCGAAAAGUGCUUAACAUUUAAAAGGAUCGCAACUCAAAGCCACUUUACCGACAUUGAUUUCUACAAAUUUCUUUUUUUCACCAAACAAACCAUCACUGUGAAUUUUCUAUUGAAAAAAUUCCAGUUUCUUAUCUUAAACUAUAGAAAAUAAUUGGAAGUACGUAGAAAGUCGUUCUUUGUGAGCUCGAAAAUUCUAUUCCAAUCGAGAGAAACGAAUCCCUGAAAAACGUACCCUUUUUUCUCUAGGUAUCUGAUUUACUCUCUGAAACUGCCUUCCUGUGAAAAUCAAGUCAAACGUAUCAUUGAAAACCUUGAAGAAUGUGCUUUGAUCAUGUCUCCAAUGAUUAAUUCAAAAGCUUCAAACCUCGAACAGGUUCUUCAACUAAAUUACGUUCAAAAACUGUUGAAAGUUGUAAAUGACGAUAUUUCAAGUGUCGUAGAUGACAUCAAUAAUAAAGUAAAGGAAGCAAAACGGCUUAGCUCAAAUAGUUAUGUCUCGGCUAUGAUCAAUGGUAUCUCGACACUUUUGCAUGUGUUCAUCCAUUCAAGAGUGACAGCCGCAACUGGCCCCAGUUCAUAUUCGACGAUGGCUGCGCGUGCAUCGACCAUAACACAUGGUGUUAGCACAAUUGGGGAUAUAAUGUUUGCUGGCAGAGCUGAUCAUUUGAUAGCAGAGUUAGAGGGAUUUAAAAAGAUUAUUGAUGGACAUGCUGUUGAACAUAAACGUUUGGUUGAACUGGAAAAAGAACUACGAUCACGCCAGGAAUUAUUUUAA